AUGGCCACAACUGGAACAGAAUGUAAUCCAGUUGUGACUAUAACUAUGGCCACAACCAGUGGUGAUCACCAUCAACCCAAUGGAAUUAAGAAUGUAGUAACUGCUCCAGUGAAUGUGAAUGAGAUGUUAAAGCAGUUAAAGGGUCCCAGUGAGUCCGACUCUGAUUCUUCGACAUCUGACUCUGAUUCUUCAACAUCUGACUCUGAUUCUUCGACAUCUGACGAAGAAUCGAAUUCAAACGAAGCUCUUCGUCAUAGUUCGACAUCAGACACAGAAUCAGAGGACGACCAGUCCAUAGAUGACGAGAGUGACGCAAAAGAAUGGGAACUUCUAGAAAGGUUGGAACAAACACUGAUCUACGCUUUAAAGCUUUAA